AUGCUGCUCUUCUGUCCCCAGUGCUCAAACAUCCUGACGGUGUCCAUGUCGGCAGAGGCCGGGCGCAACCGCCUCGAGUGUCGCACAUGUCCGUAUCAGCACUUGAUCGAGGAGAACAUGUACUCGCGACGAUACUUCAAGCGGAAGGAACGCGAAGACGUCUUCGGCGGCGCCGGGGCCUGGGACAACGCGGACAAGACCCCCGUCCAGUGCAAUAACUCCUCCUGUAGUGGCAAGGAGGCUGCCUUCUACCAGAUCCAGAUUCGCAGUGCUGACGAGCCUAUGACUAGUUUCUUCAAGUGCAUGACGUGCGGCCACAGGUGGAGAGAAAACUAG